AUCCAAGAGCUCCGCGCUAACCCCGACACACAGGCAGCAGGGACGGUGAUUGAAGCUAGUCUCGACAAGCAGAGGGGGCCGGUGGCAACACUGCUGGUGCAGAACGGCACCCUGAGGCUGGGAGACGUGGUGCUGUGUGGGGAGGCGUAUGGCAAGAUCCGAGCCCUGGUGGACGACACGGGUAGCCGCAGUGACUCUGCUGGUCCUUCCCUUGCUGUCGAGGUCCUGGGGCUCAGCUCCGUGCCGGUGGCAGGGAUCACUUCGAGGUGGUCGACUCCCUCGACAGGGCGCGCUCCAUGGCCGAGGAAGCUGCGGGGAAGCUGCGCACCGCCAGGCUGGCGGCCCUGCAGGGCGAGUCGAAGGUGUCGCUGUCUGCGCUGGCGGGGCGGGGGUCUACGGGUGAUGGGUCGGACGGUGAGCGACGAGGAGGGGUUAGAGUUCCACCAGCUCAACGUGAUCCUCAAAGUCGACAACCAGGGUGCAGUGGAGGCCAUUCGUGAGGCUCUGGCGGCUCUGCCACAAGACACGGUGUCGCUGCGAUUCCUGCUGCAGGCUGCUGGUGACGUGGCACUGAGCGACAUUGACCUGGCGGUUGCCAGCGAGGCAGUGGUGCUGGCCUUUAACGUGAACAUGCCGCCCGCUGUGGAGGCAGCAGCAGAGGAGAAGGGCGUUGAAGUGCGGACGUACCGGGUGAUCUACGAUCUCAUUGACGACGUCCGCAAGGCGAUGGAGGGGCUGCUGGACUCUGUAGAGGAGCGCACGCCAUUAGGCUCGGCGGAGGUUCGGGCGGUGUUUGGUGCGGGCAGCAGCAAGGUGGCGGGGGUGAUGGUGACGGAAGGAAAGCUGGUGAAGGGGUGUGGGGUGGCGGUGAUCCGAGGGAAGAAGGAGGUGCACUCCGGUACACUCACCUCGCUCCGACGAGUCAAGGAACUCGCCAAAGAGGUUGUGGCUGGCUUGGAGUGCGGAGUGGGUCUGGAGGGCUUUGACGAGUGGCAGCAGGGCGACAGCAUCGAGGCGUUUGAGGUGGUGCAGAAGGCCCGGUCGCUGGAAGAUGCUUCCAAGGAGGUCACAAAAGCGGUGGCAGAGAAAACCGAGUCCAUGGGGAUAGCAGUCGGUGCAGCGUAACUCUGUAACUCCAGGGAUGUGGGCUUUGGGGGGGAGGGGGGAGAGGGGGGAAUGAGUGGCAGCAGGGCGACACCAUAGAGGCAUUUGAGGUGGUGCAGAAGUUCGGUCUCUGGAAGAUGCAUCCAAGGAAGUCACUAAGGCGGUGGCAGAGAAAACCGAGUCCAUGGGGACAGCAGUCGGGACUGCGUAACUCUGUAAUGGGAGGGCUUGUGCUUGUGCUUUCACAAUUGGCAACAAAAAAACGGUUGAUGGGAACAACAGUCCACACUGUUUAGCUAGCUUCCAAUAGUUUUUGGUGUGCAUAGUGAAAUUGACAUUUAUGAGCACCGACAACCUUCCGUUGCUUUCAUGCGGUCAUAAACAGAUUAGUUGUUUUGUUGAGUGGACAAUAUUUUGUUAACUGAUCUGUUACGUUAUGCAAGCAGGC